AACAAAACAGCUGACUAUCAUAAUGCAGUAAAAUUUAAAAACCAAUUUAAUUGUGUUAUAAUUAAACACAACAAUGUUUAAAACAAAGAGAUAUCAGGUGCUUUUUCUGCUAGUCUCUAUCCUCUAUUUUCGACCCGUUCUCGGCCAGAUUGAUGAUCCUGAUUUAAAUGAUGGUCAAAUUUAUGAUUAUGGUAAAGUAAAAACUCCCACUCCAACAGUGGGUCUCCUUUAUCCAAGGGAAUCUGAGACAAGGGAAGUACGCAGUCUGGAUGGAAUAUGGAGGUUUCUUAAAAGCAAUGCUUCCGAUCCUCUUCGGGGUGUGCGGGAGAAGUGGUUUGAUAAGAGUUUAAGUAAAACAGGCUUUAAUCUUAUACCCAUGCCAGUCCCGGCUUCCUACAAUGACAUCACUGUAGAUAAAGAAAUGCGGGACCACGUAGGCACUGUUUGGUAUGAACGGACUUUCUUUGUUCCCAACUCAUGGCAGAAAGAUCGUCGCACUUGGUUACGUUUCGGUAGUGUCCAUUAUCAUGCAUUGGUUUGGCUAAAUGGACAUCUCGUCAUGAAUCACAGCAUAGGACAUCUUCCAUUCGAAGAGGAUAUAAGCAAAUUUGUAAACUUUGGGCUCGAGAAUCGAGUGACUGUCAUGUGCGACAAUCGCCUGGAUAAUCACACCAUACCCCAAGGACAAGUGCACAAUGUGACUACAGAUGAUGGGAUAACGCAAAUCCAAGGCUACACUUUUGAUUUUUUCAACUAUGCGGGAAUCCAUCGUUCCGUUUAUCUAUAUACGACUUCUCUGACUCACAUUAGAGAUAUAGAAAUAAAGACGCAAAUCUCGGUUGAUGGCAUGGGACGCAUUGAUUAUCGUCUCUGGGUAGAAAGAGUAAAUGCCACAAAUGGCAUAUCUCUAAAGGUGCGACUCCUGGAUGGCGAUGGCGAAAUGGUAGCACAUCAGAAAAACAGGGAAAUUAAUCAUGGCACUCUUUUGGUGCCCAAUGUCAAGCCUUGGUGGCCGUAUCUCAUGCAUCCUCAACCGGGUUAUCUUUAUACUGUAGAAUUUCAUAUAACACAGUAUACGCCAGAUAAAGAAAUACUCUUGGAUGUGUAUAGGUUGCCUGUGGGCAUACGUAAUCUCAGUUGGGAUAAUACAACAUUUCUCAUAAAUGAUUUGCCCAUUUAUUUACGUGGCUUUGGCAAGCAUGAGGAUUCAGAUAUACGCGGCAAAGGACUGGAUAAUCCUUUAAUUGCCCGCGACUUUAAUCUAUUAAAAUGGAUUGGAGCCAACGCUUAUCGCACUUCCCAUUAUCCCUAUUCGGAGGAAUCAAUGCAAUUUGCCGAUGAGCAGGGCAUUUUAAUUAUAGACGAAUGCUCAGCGGUCAAUAUAGAUCUCUUUAAUCCGCAGCUUCUAGCAAAUCAUAUGUCCGCCAUUGAGCAAUUGAUUCAUAGAGAUCGUAAUCAUGCAAGUGCCAUUAUCUGGUCCAUAGCCAAUGAGCCGCGUUCUUAUAAGAAAGGAGCUGAAGCCUACUUUGGAGCCAUCGCCAACUACACUCGCAGCAUAGCCCAAGGACGUCCACUAACUGCAGCCAUUAAUUCUGAUCCUAAACUCUGCCAAUUAUCACAGUUUCUGGAUAUCAUAGGUUUUAAUCGAUAUAAUGCCUGGUAUCAGAAUCCAGGACGUACUGAUAUGAUAGUCAAGCAGCUGGAAGAAGAGGCCAUGGCUUGUCAUCAACGUUUUCAGAAGCCAGUGAUUAUGUUUGAGUAUGGCGCCGAUACGAUGGAGGGCAUGCAUUCAUUGCCCGCCUUUAUAUGGUCUGAGGAUUAUCAGGUGGUCCUUCUUAACAAACAUUUUGAGGUAUUUGAUAAACUGCAUGCUCUUAAAUGGUUUCGUGGCGAAUUUGUUUGGAAUUUUGCCGAUUUCAAGACAGAUCAGUCUAUAACCCGUGUUGGCGGCAAUAAGAAAGGCAUUUUUACACGUGAUCGUCAGCCCAAGAUGGUGGCCCAUUUGCUGCGUUUACGCUACUGGACUUUGGCUAGAAAAUUAAACAAUUGUCCAUUGCCCAAAGAUUUGCUGACCUACUUUAAGCCAUCGCUUGGCCAUGAUGCAAGCGAAUUGUAAGGAUUUCGAUCUUUUCCCUAUACCUUAUGUGAUAUAAUUAUACUUGACCUUUUAAAACUUAUGCAAAUAUAAAAAAAAAACAUUUUUUGCCAAUUAAAGCAUUAAAUUGGUGUAAUGCAUUUCAAAUUGAUA